AUGAAAGUAGCACUUUGGAAUUGUAGGGGAUUAGGACAAGCGGACUCCCCUAAAAUUCCUUAUAUAAAUACUCUAGUCCGCUCUUAUGGUUUGGAUGUAGUUUGUCUUUUGGAAACCAUGUUGCCUAUAGAUAUUGUAGCUAAGAAGUUAGUAUCUUUGCCUUUUUUGGGCUACUAUGGCAUUGAUGCUAUGGGCCUUAGUGGUGGUAUGUUUAUAUGUUGGUUUUCUCCUGUAGGUUUAAAGCCUGUUUUUAGUUCCCAAAAUGUAUAUCUCUGUAAAUUGGUGCAAGGAGAUGAAAUAAAAUAUGUAAUGUUUGUGUAUGGUUCGCCUCAUGUUUCUGACCGAUUGGAUGGGGACUUUAAUCAAGUAGAGUAUGUCUCAGAUAAACUAGGUGGCAAUCACAAUAUCUCGGGUCAGAUGGAUUUUAUAAACUGGCGGUUAGGUUUGGAUCUAAUGGAUGUUCCCUUUUCAGGCCCACAUUAUACUUGGACAAAUAAUAGGAAAGACUCCGACCCUAUUUUUGAGCGUUUAGAUCGAGCCUACGGGUCUCCCAACUGGUUUAUAGACUACCCAGAUACCAAGCUUACCCAUCAACCUAUUCUGUUCUCUGGUCAUGCUGCUGUAAUCUUGACGGAUGCAGCUGAUCCAGGAUAUGUUAAGAGUCCCUAUAGAAUUGAGAACUGGUGUCUAUCGGCUCCAGCCAUGCAAGAUAUUAUUCAUUCAGUUUUCUCCUUAUUUUUUCCGGGUUCGCCUAUGUUUGUUUUAUCUCGAAAACUCUCAGUUCCUCGGGACCGUCUCCUCGCGUGGUGUGUUUCUCAUAAGAAAGCCUGGGGAAUCAAUUGGAAACAAAUAAUAUUUGAAGUUCAACAAGCCUCUCAAUCCCUCAACUCUCGGAUGGAUAGGUGUUUGUUCCUUUCUAUCAAAAAUGAAAGAGUAGAACAAGCUCAUGUGGCUUAUAUCUUCUGGCAACAGCGGGCAAAGGUUAAAUGGGACUCUUUAGGUGAUUCUCAUUCUCGUCUCCUGUUUUCUUCAGUUCAAUCACGAAAAAGGAAAAACAGAAUAUUCGGACUUCGAGACUCAGCUGGCUGUUGGCACAGUGAUCAAGAUCAGAUUGCCUCCAUUACUCUUGAUUUCUACAAAGACUUAUAUUCGGUGUCAGAUUGUUCUUCUUCUCAUGACUCCGAAUGGUGGGACAGUCUUCAGUUACCCUCGUUGUCCACAGUUCAGCAAGCCUUUUUGAUGCGACCUUUUACCUCGGAAGACAUUAAAAAUGCUAUUUUUAGCAUUGAUGAUAGUAAAUCUCCAGGCCCGGAUGGAUUCCCGUCGGCUUUUUUUAAAUCUUCAUGGCAUAUUGUCGGUCCCUCGGUGAUCGCAGCAGUCCAACAUUUUUUUGCUCAUGGUUAUAUGUUGAAAGAUUGGAAUCGCACAUUUCUAGCUUUGCUUCCAAAGGUAGAUCAUCCGGAAUUUAUUUCUCAAUUUCGUCCCAUAGGCUUGUGCAACGUAAUUUACAAAUGUGUUGCAAAGUGCUUGACUGCCCGCCUUCGUCUGGUUUUACCAAGCUUAGUUGCAGAUUUUCAAAAUGCGUUUGUUCCGAGUCGUCUUCUGUCGGAUAAUGCCUUAAUAGCUCAUGAAGUAAUUUCUUACAUGAACAAAUCAAAGGCAAGGAUGAGGUUUUUUGCAGCAAUCAAAUCAUAUAUGAAUAAGGCCUAUGAUAGGGUAAAUUGGGAUUUCCUGUGUCGGUUGCUUCAAGCUUAUGGGUUCCCUCCUUACUGGAUCCAUAUUAUCCGUCAGUGUUUCUCUACGGUCUCUUAUCAAGUUCUGGUAAAUGGAAAUCCUCUCAAGGCCUUUCGUCCGCAAUGUGGUCUUCGACAAGGCGAUCCUCUUUCUUCUUAUUUAUUUGUUCUCUGCAUGGAAAUCCUGUCGGCUAUGCUCCGAAAGGCUAAAAUGGAUUCUCUUUUUAAGGGAAUCUGCAUUUCUCGUGGCGCUCCUUCGAUAUCCCAUUUAUUUUUUACUAAUGACUCAUUGUUUUUUUUUCAAGUAACUCCGGAGGCAAGUGAGAAUCUUACGACUCUUUUAUCGGACUUUUGUUCAUUAUCAGGACAACGUUUGUCGACCUUUGCUUCUCUGGGCUUAUUUGCGGCUGCAAAGUUGGUCAUCAUAAAUUCAGUACUAGUCGCUUCGUUCAAUCAUGUUCUCUCCGUGUUUCAAGUUCCUUCUUCGAUCUGUUCGAAGGUCGAUAAUCGGUUAGCUCGUUUGUGGUGGAAGUCCGAUUCUCAUACUCGGGGUCUAGCCUUAAGAUCCAAAUCUCUUUUACACCUCCCUAAGGGUAUGGGUGGUCUGGGCAUUCGAAGUCUAAAUUCUUUUAACUCUGUUCUUCUGGCCCGUCAGAGUUGGCGCAUUCGUCAUCACCCUCAGCUUCUGGUAUCUCGGCUUUUAUCUGCCAAGUAUCCGACUCUUCGUCUUAAUCAAGCUACACGGAUUCCCGGUUCUUCCUGGGGCUUUCAGGGCUUGUUGAAAGGCUUUUCUGUUCUAUCCAAUGGUAUAGCCUGGAAGGUGGGUUCUGGUUCUCAAGUACGUUUGACGGAAGACUCUUGGGUUCCUGGGGACCCUAUUUCUUUUCGUGACAAUAUUGGGAUGUCUCAUCCAUCUCAUGUUUCCUUUAUUAUUAAUCCGCGUUCUUACGCGUGGGACACUUCUAAGAUCCGUCAGUUGUUUGAUUCUUUGACAGCCUCUCGUAUUUUAGCUCUGGAACGUCCUAGUAGACCAAUGGAUGAUUUUGUGUACUGGAAGUUUUCUAAAGAUGGUCGAUUCUCAACCAAGUCAGCCUACGCAAUGGUGGUUUCUGGUCAACACUAUUCUGGUGUUGUCUAUUCCUUUUCUCCUUCAUGGUGGAAAGUGUUUUGGGGUUUACCCCUCCUACCAAAGUUGCAAUGCUUUUGUUGGAAGUUCCUUCAAAAUGCGUUGCCUCUAAUGAGGUUUUGCGAUCAAGGGGAGUUCUGGUGGAUCCUACUUGUGUCUUCUGUCUUAGCGCUCCAGAGACUUCAGAUCAUCUUUUUCGAGAUUUCUCCUUUGUUUCAGCUAUCUGGUCCUCCAUUCCAAGGUUUUCAACGCUCGUUGUUCGUCAAGAUAUAUCGAUCUUGGAUUGUUUUGUGA